GGGGGUGAGAAACAGCCGAGUAGCUGUGAUGAGAAAUGAGACCGUACCUUGUGAAGUGACUCGCACAGCGCCAGUUUUUAUAUCCUUUACUGCUCUCCAUCACUGUCCAUAAAACAUUAUGGCGAAACCCCCAUUGCCUGAACAACUGCUAUACAGAUUAAAAGAUUUAGGGAUUAGGGAUUUAGGAAUCCUCUGUGAAAUGGUCACAGGGCGAUAGUGUCACUCGUCAGACUGACACAUUUAUGAACACAUUUAUGUGAUUGGUCCUUUGGUAAGAUUAUUUCCCCAUGUUCUUAUUAAUUAGUGGGCUAAUGUAGGCUUCACUUUAAACCUGGGGAGUAAUUUUCUUAUUGCUUGAAUGUGAAGUGUGAGUCGUAUCGCCAUAAUAUAGAAAUUAUAUGAAUGUAAAUGCUUGACAUAUCAACAGUUUGUUGAACUGCUUAAGUCCAUUAUUUCUUGUAAGUAGGAACCAGUGUGUCCCAACCGUUUGCUCUUAAGGGACGCUUAAAAUUGUAACACAAUAAUCAUGUGCCGUGCUACUGUUUAGCUUGUUAGCCAACUAGCUCUUUACCUACGUUGAGAGCUCAGAGCUCAUUUCCAACACAACAUAGAAAUAAAUGGAUCGACACGCCGGUAUAAAUAUUUCACGUUUGUUUUAGCCACUAAGCGGCUAAGCCGAUGUGAAACAGGGCAGCUGUUCUUAAUGUGCCAUGAUUGGAGCUAGUUAGCUGACUUAACUCACUUGCUAAACUUGAAAGACAGCUUUACAAGGCUUUUAGAAUUGUCCCAGACAUUAAUAAGCCCCUCUCAUAUUACUUAUUCAUUUAAACUGGACUACAGCGUGACACCUGUAGGAGCUAUGGACUAGUUAUUGAUUUGUAUGAAUUUAGUGUCCUGCAUCAAGACGAUUCGUACAUGGCUACCGGUCACUGAGCAGAGUUUUAAUAGAAACUGCUGGUAGAUGGUGAAGAUGGUCAGUUUUGGGAGGAAAGUGUGGUGUGGGAUGGAGAAGGGCUUCCGCUACCUGCCCAUCGUGCUCAAUACAACUCUGGUGUUCUCCAUCACGGCUGAAGUGAGCUAUCUGGUUUUGAUGGAAGCCCCCUUGGAGCCAGCACAGAAGGAGUCUGAGUGGUCUGCUCAUUGGAAGACCAUGCAUCUGUUUGCCCAGUACUUCAUGCUGGGAAGCAUAACAUGGAACGCCUCUCUGUUCCUUAAAACCAACCCAAGUAUCCGUGGAGUAUUUCUUAAUGGGGAUAUCGUGGGGCAGGGUUGGAGAUACUGUUACACCUGUGAGACACACACUCCUCCACGAUGCUCACAUUGUUAUGACUGCAACGUGUGUGUCCUGCGUCGAGAUCACCACUGUGUCUUCUUCGGCCAGUGUGUAGGCUUCCGCAAUUACCGCUACUUCCUGAGCUGUCUGCUGUUCAUGUGGGCUGGUCUGCUGUACGCUGUGGUGAUGAAUGCUGAGGUCUUCAUCGUCAUCUUGAAGGAAGGUGUUACCUUUCACAGCUUCAUGCUGCUCAUGGUGCCAUGGAUUAUGCUGGUCACUGGUCAGGUGACAGCGCAAGCAUUCACCUUUGCCUUCAUUGCUGACACCUGUGUGGUUGGCUUCCUGCUGGUCUCCGCCUUCCUCUUUUUCCAUGUAGCGUUGAUGCUGAGAGGGCAGACGACGAGGGAAUGGUAUUCAACCCGGCGGCCGUACAGUCUCGGAGUGCUCGCCAACGUCCGUGAGUGCUUGGGUGAGCACUGGUAUAUCUGCUGGCUCUGUCCUCUCAUUCCCUCCACCCUGCCUGGCGAUGGCAUCUACUUCAAAGUCACUGGCUCUCUUGAACCAAUGAAGUGAAGGCUCUGUGCAACUAAUUUGGCUCUAAAGCUGAAGAGAUUCUGAUGUUCUUUAUAUCUAAAAGUGGAUGCAGUUGAUUUUACCUUCAAAUCCUGUUGUGGAGACUGCAUUAACUUUAGUGUCACAAGCAGUAAAAUUGGUUCUGUACAGCUAUCCAUAAUAAUAUGAAGCCAGAUCUAUAGGUAAUGAGAAGCCAGGGAAGGAUUCCAUUUAAGAUUAGUAGAUUUGAAGCACUGAUUACACUGACUGUGCACUGAGUGAAUAUUCUACCAGCUAUCUUUAAACAAUUACCAGCUAUAUUUGCAUCUUGGGAACCAGCAAGAAUCUUCAUUUUAUUUUUCACAAGUUAUUUUGCCAAAUCACUGUAUAUAGAAACAGUUUAUGGUUCACUGUUGAUUUUGAUUUGAUAGAUAUCUAUUGUCCUGGAGUAUAAUGUGAUGUAGAUCUUGCAUUUAAUGCAUAUAUAUUAUUGUCCCAGCACAUUGUAUUUAUAAUAUAAACCAACUGAAUGCUAUUGUGCUGAAAGGAUUUAGUCUUGGAUGCACUUUAUUUUUAUUUACUCUAUUGGGUUUUCUUUUACAUUUUUUUCAUUGAUGUGCCAAAUAACAUGUUGAAAUCUAUAUGCCAAGGUAUUACUGUUACUUUUGAGUCUAUAUACCAUUCAUCUAAGGGUUAUGUUAGAGUUUACUCAGAGAAACAAUAAAAUAAAUAUCACUCACCUGUGACAAGCUCUGAGUUCCCUCUAUCUUACUUGAAUAUUAAUGUUUGCAUUUGGCAUUCAUUCCAUCAACUCCAUCUGCAUUCAUUAAAUAUAAAUCGAAUUUCUACAAUCAACAUCAUCAUAACCAUAAACAUAUAGGCACCCUUCAGUCUUAGUAAAACCUUUUACAAACCAUCAUUCAAUUUGUACUAUUAAUUUUUUUAAUGCCAAUCUCUCUUACCUGGUGAAUCAAUACUCCUCUAUUAGAUUUGUUCAAAGACUUCUCAAGUAAUGGUGCCCUGGCCAGAGACCCUUUGAGAGAUUUAAAUAAAACGAGUCGAGUGCAUUGUGACCUUUUUCUUGUGUUCCUCCAUGAAGGUGCACUAGAAUGUUCUAUUCAGGAAACACCAUCACUGAUGAAGGGUUUGAGUAAGGAGGGGUGCACACAUUUCAACAAUAAGAAUAGCUAAGGUAGCUAGCGUCUUGCACCUGUACUCAUUUCCACACAUCUUCCAUAUUCUGCCUUUCUAUACUUCUGUGUUCUUGUAGCUAGCAUUUCUAUAUACCUAGAGAAGACAGGCCUUGCAUAGUGAUGUAGUUAAUUAUGUAACUCAGCCCCUUGACAUAUAACUACUUGUUUACACAUUCAGUUUUAUCAUCUUUAUUACAUGCCAAGAAUAAAAGUUGCAAAAUGGCACUAAUUAAACCAUCUAAUUGAACCAUACAGGUACAGUAUUUGAUGCCAUCCACUGUUAAUAUGAUUUCAAUAUUGAUGCAAAACUUAAAAUGUUAAUGCCUACAGUGUUCAAUAAGUUCUUAUAGUAUUUAUCAAGAUGUGAUGUGAGUAACAUGCUAAGUCACCAAAUUAAAAUAAACAAAACAACUUUGAGUUUAACACCAGUUACUUGGAUUUGUUUCCCUCACCCCUUCACUUCGAAGCAGGGAUUGCACUAGUGUUUAAUGAUGGAGCAACUUGCCAUUUUUCUCUUAGGGCUGAUUCAAGUAAUUUGGCCAUAUCUUUCAUUCGUUUAUUCACAGUGGUCAAAAGUCUCACGUGUCCCAAAAGUCUCCGUACAUAGGGAGACAUGUUUGCCAGCACCAUGUCGGUUGUGCCUUUGUCAGUGAAUCUUCUUGGUUGGGUUGCAACCUUUCUAGCCUUUUUAAAUUUUUAAAUAAGUUUUGUAACAGUGUUGUGUGCGUGAUGUGCUCUCCAUGUUUCCUGUUGAAGUCCAUUGCAAACUUGUGACAGCUUCCCGAUCCAACCAUGUUUUUGUUUGAGGGUUUUCUUGCAUGUACUGCCCGUUUCAAAUCCCCCCACAACAUUUCAUUGGGCUUUGACUAGGCUAUUCCAUAACCCUCCACAACCCUCUGUCUUUGCCUAUUUGCUCAUUGGCAAACUGUAGUCUUGCUCUAAUGUUCUUUUCAGACAGCAAAGGCUUUUUUCCUGGCACGCCUCCCAUGCAGGUCAAAUCUCUUUCUGAUUGUGGACGCAUGCACUUUGACACCAACAGUUGCAAGACUUACCAGCAGAUACUGUGAUGAAAUUUUGGGGUUCUUGAAGGCUUCUUUUUGCAUCAGACCAUCUGCUCUUGGGCUGAAUUUGCUGGGACAGCCGGUCCUGGACAAAUUGGCAGUCAUUUGAAAUCUGCACCACUUGUAGGUGAUUUUUUUACAGUGGAAUGAUGUAUUUCAAACCAUUUGUAGAUCUUUUGAAAUCCCUUGCCAGACUCAUAGCCAUCCACUACUUUUUUUUCUGAAGGCCUUACAGAACUCUUUAGAUCUUGGCAUGAUGACACCACACACCUCAAUAACAAUGGGAACACCAGACACUAGAUAUUAGAGCAGUUUAAAUAAGACAGGUUCCACCUGCACUCCUUAGGCAGGUUCUAAUCACUGGCACCCAAUCUAGAACACCUGAUUCUAAUUUUAUGGAUUUAAAGGUGUGAUAAAUGUAGGGGUGUACUUACUUUUUCCAUGUGACUAAUCUGGGGUUUUUUUUUUUUUUGUUAAUUUAAAUUGUGAACAUUACUCCAAAAUGUAAAUUUUAUAUAAUUUGAUAGUGUAUCACCUUUAUUAAUAGGCAUUGUUUCAAAGAAGAUCAAAUGUUUGCUUGUCCAAAUAAGUAAAAAAUAAAUAAAUAAUAAUAAUAAUGAUAAUUCCAUGGGGUGUACUUAUUUUUUCACUUGACUCUCUCUCUCUCUCUCUCUCUCUCUCUCUCUCUCUCUCUCUCUAUAUAUAUAUAUAUAUAUAAAUCCUCCUGAGAUCCCGCCCACUGACUUGUGUCCUCUGUAGUGGACUUUUUGUUUUCAUGCAUGUCCUUUGACUUUUUUGAUCUACUUUCUACUUUCAGCAAUUCUUGAGGACAUACACAGAGACAAACACAGAGGUCAUCCUGGGCUUUCUAGUGAUAUGUCAUGUUAUAGGCUGGAAUGCUAAGAACACCUUCUUACACUGCAUCCAAAAUGGCUGGC